AUGCCACAUGUUGAAAUUGUCUUUAACCAAUUACAAAAAGUAUGCACCGAUUCUGUUAAGGUCAAAAAUGAUUUAGAGAAUUUUGAAGCAGCAAUUCAAACUAUACGAGAACAAAUGGAUAGCAUUAUUGACGAGAUUGAACGAGUGCAGAGAGAAACUGAUGAACCGCCAAGAAAAAAAAGGCAAGUUGAAGAAGGCAGCAAAAAACGGGAAGCGUUAGAAAUAUGCGAUGCAGUAUUAUCGCAAAUAAGAACAAGAUUUAACUUUUCUGGACAUUUAGUUGCUUCUAAUUUAUUUGUGUCUGAAAAGUUUUCUGUUUAUAAACAUCAGUUUCCUGAAGCACAUUUAAAUGACACAUGCACACAAUUUUCAUUUUUAGACAAAAACAGGCUUAAAACUGAGUUACAAGUAUUAUAUCAGAGAGAAGAAUUGAGUACUACUUCUGGAGCUGUUCCACUAUCCAUUUUAUUGAACGAGGAAGGAUUAAAUUGUACGUUUCAAGAAACUCUUAAGCUCUUAAGUAUUUUAAUCACUAUACCGAUGUCAACAUCUGAAGCAGAACGCUCUUUUUCAAUGCUGAAACGGAUUAAAACUUUCCUCAGAAACACAAUGAAGGAAGAAAGGCUUAGUGCUUUACGAAUGCUGUUUGCAGAAAAACAUUUUGUUAGUGGCAUUGAAAAUUUUAAUAAUAAGGUAAUCGAAAACUUUGCUACCAAAAAAGAAAGAAGAAUGGACUUCAUGUAUAGAAAACUUUGA